AUGCAUUGGGAAAAUAUGAAAGCGACGUUGCAUCUUGAAGACGGAUCCACUUUCGUGGGCUCCAUUUUCGGAGCCACGAAAAGUGUCGUCGGAGAAAUCGGUAAUGAAUUUAGUCCAUAUUCUUCUAAAACUUAUAGUAUGUUUCAGUUUUCCAAACCGGAAUGGUAGGAUACGUUGAAUCACUCACCGAUCCGUCGUACGCCAAACAACUGCUGACGCUGACCUAUCCGCUGAUCGGCAAUUAUGGAGUCCCUUCGACCGAACUGCUCGAUAAAUUCGGACUGCCGGCUGAAUUCGAGAGCGAACGCGUUUGGCCAGCUGCUUUGAUCGUCGAGAAAUUGUGCAGCGAAGGCGAACACAGUCAUUGGCAGGCAGUGCAGUCCCUGUCCGAAUGGCUUCGCAAGGCCGAUGUUCCGUGUCUCUCGGGCAUCGAUGUCCGUCAACUAGUCAAGAAGAUUCGCGAGACUGGAUCGAUGAAGGCGAAACUCGUGAUUGAAUCAGACAGUUCCGCCUCAUUCGACUAUGUCGACGUGAAUGCCUCCAACCUCGUCGAUUUCGUCUCCCGGAAGAAACCAAUCACUUUUGGAGAGGGAGAGCAGACUAUUCUGGCAGUGGACUGCGGACUCAAGAACAAUCAAAUCAGAUGUCUGGCCAAACGCGGUUUCAAAGUGAAGGUCGUGCCCUGGAAUCAUCCGAUUGACGUUGAAAGAGACUACGACGGACUGUUCCUUUCAAACGGACCGGGAGAUCCGGAAGUCUGCAGUGCUCUCGUCGAUAGGGUGGCCAAAGUGAUUGCACGUGGAGACAAACCAGUUUUUGGAAUCUGUCUGGGUCAUCAGAUCAUUUCCAGAGCCAUCGGAGCAAAAACGUAUAAACUAAAGUAGGUUGGAUCCUAAAAAAAUAGAAAACAUGGUUUUAUUAUCAGGUACGGAAACCGCGGCCACAAUCAGCCGUGCACACACUACGCAACCGGCCGCUGCUACAUCACUUCGCAGAACCACGGAUACGCCGUCGACACCAGCACACUUCCUGCCGAUUGGAAGCCACUUUUUACAAAUGAAAAUGACAAAACGAACGAGGGAAUCGUGCACUCCUCGAAACCUUUCUUCAGUGUUCAGUUCCAUCCAGAACACACCGCGGGACCGACUGAUUGCGAGUUCCUCUUCGACGUUUUCGCCGAUUCUGUUCGUCAGGCGGCGAGUGGCGUCUUUGUUAAGUUAGUUUCUUCAAAAUGUGUGUCUUCACAAACAAAAUAUCUGCAGUGUUGAUCAAGAGCUCACUCGAACCAUGAAGUUCGAGCCAAUUUAUAAGGCAAAAGAGCAGCGCAAAGUUCUCGUUCUUGGCUCUGGAGGUCUCACGAUUGGACAAGCCGGAGAGUUCGACUACUCGGGAGCUCAAGCACUGAAGGCGCUGAGAGAAGAAGGCAUACGGACCGUGCUGAUCAACCCCAACAUUGCGACAGUUCAAACUUCCAAGGGAUUCGCUGACUUCACCUACUUUCUGCCUAUCACAAAAGAAUACGUGACAGAUGUAAGAUAGAUAAAUUGGAAGUUCCAUGUCAACAACCAGAUAAAAUUGACAGGUUAUCAAGAAGGAAAGACCGACGGGAAUCCUGUGUACAUUCGGAGGACAGACUGCCCUGAACUGUGCCAUUGACCUGUACAAGGAUGGCAUUUUCGAGCAGUACGACGUUCAAGUACUUGGAACACAGAUCACGACGAUCAUGAAGACAGAGGAUAGAGAUCUGUUCAACCAGGAAAUGUCUGCGGUCGGAGAGAAAGUCGCCCCGAGCAAGGCGGCAACGACUAUGGAAGGAGCCAUCGAAGCCGCCGAAGAGCUUGGAUAUCCAGUGCUCGUCCGUGCUGCCUACGCACUCGGAGGACUCGGAUCUGGAUUUGCGAACAGUAGAGAGGAACUUGUUGCAAUCGCUCAGCAAGCGCUCGCACAUUCGAAUCAAGUUCUGGUUGACAAGAGUCUGAAAGGAUGGAAGGAGCUGGAGUACGAGGUUGUGAGGGAUGCGUACGACAACUGCAUCACUGUGUGCAACAUGGAGAACGUGGAUCCGUUGGGAAUUCACACUGGUGAAAGUGUGGUCGUCGCGCCGUCGCAAACUCUCUCCGACAGAGAGUACAAUGCUCUGCGCACGUGUGCCAUCAAGGUUAUCAGACAUUUGGGAAUCAUCGGAGAGUGCAACAUCCAGUACGCAGUUGAUCCGAAUUCUCUGACUGUGAGUUCUCACUUCUCUCCAGUUAAUCAUCUUUCUUUCCAGUACUACAUCAUCGAAGUGAAUGCCCGUCUCUCCCGAUCGUCUGCACUCGCAUCCAAAGCCACCGGAUAUCCAUUGGCUUACGUGGCUGCUAAAUUGGCUCUUGGACAACAUCUUCCAGUCAUCAGAAACAGUGUCACCGGAACAACAACAGCUUGCUUCGAACCGAGUCUUGACUAUUGCGUUGUGAAGAUUCCCCGUUGGGAUCUCGGAAAGUUCGCAAGAGUGAGCACGCAAAUCGGAAGCUCAAUGAAGUCAGUCGGAGAAGUGAUGGGCAUCGGAAGAUGCUUCGAAGAAGCCCUUCAGAAGGCGUUGCGAAUGGUGUCUGACCACGCGGAUGGCUUCUCCCCGUACACUUUCAGUCGACCGCCAACUGCCGAUGACCUGGAGAAACCGACCGACAAACGGAUAUUCGCUUUGGCCAGAGGAAUGUACUAUGGAGAUUUCGAUGUGGAGAAGGCGCAUCAGUUGACUGCCAUCGACAAGUGGUUCUUGUUCCGAAUGCAGAAUAUCGUGGACAUUUAUCAUCGCUUGGAGAAGGAGAACGUUAAUUCGGUGUCAGCAGAACUACUGUUGGAAGCGAAACAAGCUGGAUUCUCGGAUCGACAGAUUGCCAAAAAGAUCGGAAGCAACGAGUACACAGUUCGGGAAGCUCGCUUCGCAAAAGGAAUCACUCCGUGCGUGAAGCAGAUCGACACUGUCGCUGGAGAGUGGCCUGCCCAGACCAACUACCUUUACACCACGUUCAAUGGAGUUGAGAAUGACGUCCCGUUCAACAUAAAGAAUGCUGUGAUGGUUCUCGGAUCGGGUGUUUACCGCAUCGGAUCAUCUGUCGAAUUCGAUUCGUCGUGUGUCGGAUGUAUUCGGGAGCUGAAGGCAUUGGGAUACUCAACGAUCACUGUCAACUGCAAUCCGGAGACUGUGUCCACUGACUACGACAUCUGCGAUCGCUUGUACUUCGAGGAAAUUUCGUUCGAAACCGUUCUUGAUGUGUAUCAUUUGGAACAGCCUAAAGGAAUUAUUCUGGCCUUCGGAGGACAAGCACCGAACAACAUUGCAAUGGGUUUGAGCAGAGCGCAAGUGAAGAUCUUCGGAACGUCGCCGAACGACAUUGACAACGCGGAAGAUCGAUUCAAGUUCUCUAGAAAGCUGGAAUCACUGAAAAUCAGCCAGCCGCAGUGGAAAAAGAGUGAGAAUAUGGAGGACGCUAAAACGUUCUGCGCUCAAGUCGGGUAUCCGUGCCUCAUCCGUCCUUCCUACGUCCUCUCCGGAGCAGCGAUGAACGUGGCUCACAAUCCAGAAGAUCUUGAAGUAUUCCUCAAGCAAGCGGCAGUUGUCGCCAAAGAACAUCCGGUUGUCGUCAGCAAAUUCAUCAGCGAGGCGAAGGAACUCGAUGUGGAUGCAGUUGCGAUGGACGGAAAACUGGUUGUGAUGGCUGUCAGUGAGCACGUGGAAAAUGCGGGAGUUCACUCGGGAGACGCGACUCUGGUCACUCCCGCACAAGACAUGAACAAGCUUACUUUGGAUCGAAUCAAGGAUAUCACUCUGAGAAUUGCGGAAGCAUUCAAUGUGAACGGACCAUUCAAUAUGCAGCUCAUCGCCAAAAAUAACGAGCUGAAAGUGAUCGAAUGCAACCUCCGUGUCUCUCGAUCUUUCCCAUUCGUCUCUAAAACUCUCGAUUACGAUUUCGUGGCUCUCGCUACUCGUGCCAUGAUGGCCGAAGACAACGCUGCCAUCCGAGCCACUAUCAAGCCGGCGGCGACGCUUUUGAAGGGAAAAGGAAGAGUUGGAGUGAAAGUUCCGCAGUUCUCCUUCUCUAGACUGGCUGGAGCUGAUGUGAUGUUGGGAGUCGAGAUGGCUUCGACUGGAGAAGUCGCAUGUUUCGGAAAAGACAGAUACGAGGCGUACUUGAAGUCACUGCUCUCUACAGGAUUUGUCGUUCCGAAAAAGAACAUAUUUAUUUCGAUCGGAGGAUAUCACGUAAAGGACGAGAUGCUUCCAUCGGUUGAAAUUCUUCAAAAGCUUGGAUUCGAUAUGUACGGAUCGAAGGGAACUGCCGACUAUUUCCAUUCGAAGGGAAUCGACGUGAAGCCUGUCGAUUGGCCGUUCGAAGAAGGAUCUUCCGAUGAAAAGACUUCCAGCGGCACCCGGUCCGUUGUGGAAUUCCUGGAGAACAAAGAGUUCCACUUGGUCAUCAAUCUUCCGAUCCGUGGCGCCGGUGCCUACAGAGUGUCCGCCUUCCGUACCCACGGAUACAAAACACGUCGUAUGGCUAUUGACAACGGAAUUCCUCUGAUCACUGACAUCAAGUGUGCCAAGAUCUUCAUUCAAGCUCUCAAAGUGGUAGGCCGCCGCCCUGCAAUGAAUUCGCUCGUCGAUUGCGUCAGCUCGAGGAAUCUGAAACGUCUCCCCGGGAUGGUGGACGUGCACGUUCAUGUCCGUGAGCCGGGAGCUACUCACAAAGAAGACUGGGUGACAUGCUCCAGAGCUGCUCUCGCUGGAGGAGUUACCACUAUUCUCGCAAUGCCGAACACUACCCCUCCACUCGUUGACACGGACUCCUUCUACGAGACGGAGAAUCUCGCAUCAGCCAAGUCGGUCGUCGACUAUGCUCUCUACAUCGGCGCAACACCAAACAACUCCAAGUUUGCCGCCGAGUUUGCUGACAAGGCUGCCGGUUUAAAAAUGUACUUGAACGAGACAUUCAGCACUCUGAAGAUGGACAACAUCUCCGAUUGGACCAAGGUCAGCGAUCAAUUCAACUUAUUUUGAAACAGUGUCCUCUUUCAGCACUUUGCCGCCUUUCCUGAAAACCGUCCGAUCGUGUGCCACGCCGAAAAACAGACUCUCGCUGCCGUUCUCUGUGUCGCUCAGAUGGCCAACCGCGCUGUUCACAUUUGCCACGUGGCCACUGCAGACGAAAUCAAUCUGAUCAAAGAUGCGAAGCUGAAAGGAUGGAAAGUCACCUGCGAAGUGUGCCCACAUCACCUGUUCCUGACUGAAGAGGACCUUCCGGAAGGAAUCAGAGAAGUCCGCCCGAGACUUGUCAAACCAGAGGACCGUACCGCUCUGUGGGAAAACAUGGAAUACAUCGACUGCUUCGCCACUGAUCAUGCUCCGCACACCUGGGCCGAAAAAUGCGGAGAGAACGGAAAGAUCCCCCCAGGAUUCCCUGGAGUAGAGUACAUGCUGCCGCUUCUUCUCACUGCUGUUCACGAAGGAAAACUCACAAUGAAGUGAUCACUGAACGAAUUUCUUAGAAAAAGUAAUGAUGCGUUUCAGAGAUUUGACUGAUCGAAUGUCCGUCAACCCGAGAAAGAUCUUCAGUCUGCCGCAACAAGACAAUACUUACAUUGAAGUUGACCUGAACGAAGAGUGGACAAUCCCAGAGAAAGGAGGCGAGAGCAAAGCCGGAUGGACGCCGUUCGCUGGAAGAAAGGUCUUCGGAAAAGUUCACAACGUCGUCAUCCGCGGAGAAGAAGCAUUCGUCGACGGAAGAGUGGGUUCAGAUUGUGAAUGAGCAUAUUGCAAUCAUUUGGUGUUCAGAUUGUGGCCACAGCCGGAUUCGGAAAGAACCUUCGCCUGUACCCAUACUCUACCCAUCACAUUGGAGAUGGAGACUUCGAGCCAGCGCUUGAGUCGAUUCCAAGGCAGAUGACUGAAAGCUCUUCCGAUGAGCAGAGUCCGCUGCACACGCCACCAAGAGCACACACUCCGAUCGCUUUCCCGGGAGAGCUUCUCGCGAAGAACUGCAUAAGUGUAAAGAAUCUGGACAAGGGACAAAUCAACCGCAUUUUCGAGCUUGCCGAUCGUUACAAGCAUGACGUGGAAAGGAGUCACCCGUUGAAUCACAUUCUCAGCGGAAAACUGCUAGUGAACCUGUUCUACGAAGUGUCCACCCGCACUUCUUGCUCAUUCGCGGCAGCCAUGCAGCGUCUCGGAGGAUCCGUCAUUUCAGUUGACAGUCAGACGUCUUCCGUUCAGAAGGGAGAAACUCUGGAGGAUACCGUUCAGAUCCUCGGAAGUUACGGAGACAUUGUUGUGCUGAGAAGCAAGGAGAAUGGAGCUGCGGAGAGAGCUGCAAGAGUGUGCGCCCAGCCAGUGAUCAACGGAGGAGACGGUACUGGAGAGCAUCCGACGCAGGCACUCCUGGAUGUGUAUACGAUCAGACAAGAAAUGGGAACUGUCAACGGACUGACUAUUGCUCUCGUGGGAGACCUCAAGAACGGAAGAACUGUGCAUUCGCUGGCUAAGCUGCUCUGCCUUUACAAGGUAUUCUUGAAUUUCCGAUUUCUCAACCAUCUCUCGUUUUCAGGACAUCACUUUGCAUUACAUUGCCCCGACCGAAGAACUUGAAAUGCCAAAGGAAGUCGUCGAUUACGUAUCUUCCAAGUCUAACUUCGUGCAGAGAACGUUCCGUGAUUUGGCGGAAGGAAUCAACCACGUCGACGUCGUUUACGUGACCCGUAUUCAGAAGGAAAGAUUCGCUUUUCCGGUAGGCAUUUUGACUGUGGAUAUUCAUCAACGCUUUUUUCAGGAUGCCUACGAAAAGGUGAAGGGAAGCUAUGUAAUCAAUGCGAAACUGCUCAACGAGGCUGCCAGAGAGGAGGAUCAGCCUCCGAACAUCCUGGUCCCGAACCGUUCUCUUCCGAUCGUCAUGCAUCCGCUGCCACGUGUCGACGAGAUUGCUGUCGAGUUGGACCACGACGAAAGAGCCGCCUACUUCCGGCAGGCACGCAACGGAAUGUUCGUUCGCAUGUCCAUUCUUUCACUUCUUCUCGGCAGAGGACAUCUCUAA